UAACUUUUUGUUUCAUAUAAAUGAACCUGGACCACAGAAAGAAUUGGACAUGUUCAGCUCCUCCGGUCCUGCAGGGGGCGCUACGUCUCUCUGCUUCCUCUCAAUGACCCGGACAGAUCAACACGAGCUGGACGGUUUUCCUUCCUGGAGCCCGGUGGACGGAGCUCUGCAUCGGGAUGUCUCUGUUUGUGUCCCCCCAGAGCUGCGGGCUCCGGCCCCUGACCGACUCGGUGUCGGAGCUGCUCUCCAAAGUCGGUGAGGAGAUCCUGGCUACGCUGGAGAAGCGCGCCGGGGAAGCCCGGUCGGUCAGAGGCUUGGGUCGUAUGGUGCUGCUCCUGCGGCCGCUUCUCACGGACGGGAUGGCUUCAGCUGCGGAGAUGAUUGUUCGGCUUCUGGAGCGGGAGGUGGAAGAGUACCGGCGGCAGCUGGAGCGGCAGAACCGGCUGCUGGAGGUCGCACUGAGUCCGGUGGUUCUGCUGAAGCGAACAGUCUCCAUCGGCUCCUCCGCCAAAGAGACGACCACAGAUGAUGAAAACCUCCCGCUGCAUUUGGACGCAGUAACUGCUGCCUCCUCAGACAUUUCUGCUGCUGAAAGUGACAAAGAAUGGAUUGAAAACUCCUCAGAUGAGAAAGAGACAAACACAGCAGAUAAAAGAGAUGAACCUGUAAGUAAUAAAUGUUUAAUCUGUGGGAAAACUUUCCGUCACAAAGGAAAUCUCAUCAGACAUGCGGAAACGCAUGCAGACUUUCCUGAAAAUCCCUGCGGAGUCUGUGGAAAACACCUGGAGGGUUCAGGAGAUUUAUCCGACCACCUCACCUCCCACAGGAAAACUGUUUGCAUGAGCAGGUUCUGUGAGAUCUGUGGGAAGAGAUUUCAGAACAUGGAAACUCACGUACGGAGCCACACUGGGGUAAAACCAUACAGCUGUGACUUCUGCAGCAAGAGCUUCCCACGGGCCAGCGCACUGAAGAGGCACAAGAAGAUCCACAACAGAGAGAAACUGAGCGCCUGUCAGAUCUGUGGAAAGACAUUUGCUGAGAACCAGAUGCUUUUAGAACAUCUGAAGACACAUGAAGAUCACCGCAAAGGGGAGGAUGAUACUUCAGAGAUGGCUAACCCGGAAGUAAAUGUAGAACCACCCCCUGAUGAUUCACUCUGCUGCAGAGUUUGUGGAGAUUCCUUUCACAGUCGAGGCUUUUUAAGAAAACACGCAGCGACACACAGCAGCGACUCCAGAUGUGUGUGUGGAGUGUGUGGGGAGCAGCUGGAUUCAUCAGACGUUCUGCAGACUCACUUGGAGUCUCACAGGGAGGGUGGUGGGACAUGCAGUGUCUGCGGGAAGAGUUUCCAGAACAUGGAGACGCACAUGCGAAUCCACACAGGGCUGAAGCCAUACCGAUGCCCCGUCUGUGGCAAACGCUUCCCCCGACCUGGAGCUCUGAGGCGACACAGGAAGACCCACAGCGCCAAGCGUCCACUAGGCAGAGAACAGGAAGUCCAGAAUACAAAAAGUCAAAAUGCAGAGACGUCAGUGAGUCUGUCAUACAGCUGCAAAGUCUGUGGGGAGAGUUUUCAGAGCAAAGGCAAUCUAAGAAAACAUGCCAAGCGCCAUGCUUCACAGUCUGUCUGUGGGGUGUGCGGUGAGGAUCUGUUGCCGUCUGAGACGCUGGCCGAUCACUUACAGGGCCACAAAGAGAAAGGGAAGAUCUGCCACAUCUGUGGCAAAACCUUUCAACACAUUGAGAUCCAUAUGCGGACCCACACAGGCAUCAAACCAUACUCCUGCAGCAUCUGCGGGAAGUGCUUUCCGCGACCCGGUGCUCUGAGGAGACACAAGAAGAGCCACAGUGGGGAGAGGCCGUACAUCUGCGAGUUUUGUGGGAAGACGUACACCGAGCGCACCUCUCUGACGAUGCACAUCAGGAGCCACAACACCAACCAAACUGUCAGUCGCGUCUCCUGCGAUACCUGCGGGAAGAGUCUCGCCUCUGCCCAAAUCCUGGAAGUUCACCGGAGGAUCCACACAGGCGAAAAGCCAUUCCCCUGCCACAUCUGUGGGAAAGCCUUCAGACAGAUGGGAGGGCUUAACGUCCACAUGCUAACGCACACGGGAGAGAAACCAUUCAGGUGUACUCUCUGUGGCAAAAGCUUCUCCACCAAAGGAUACCUGGAAACCCACAUCCGCUUCCACAGGAAGGAGCUGGCCUUCGGGUGCCACCUGUGCUGUAAGGCCUUUGUCACCAAAACUGACCUGAAGAAGCAUCUGUUGAUCCACACUGGAGAGAAACCCUACAGCUGCCUGGUAUGCGGGAAAAGUUACCAGGAGAGACGCUCUCGAGACGUUCACAUGAAGGUGCACCAGGUGGUCCACAACAGCAGGGAGUCAACCAGAGGGCAGGAGGAACUCCAGACAGACUUCAUCCAGCUUUAGAGAGUCAGAUUAGUUCAAACUCAUAACUUACAAAUAAUAAUAAAACCUUAU